AUGUCUGUCCUUCGCAGCAGCCGGACUGCCUCUGUGCAAGUCCGCGGAUUCACAACUUCUUCCAACCUCCGUGUCGGACCUGAGUCCCCUCAAUUCAUCGAUGUGCCGAAGAUUGUCCAGCCUGGCAACCCCAUCCGACCUCAUGUGAAGGGUACACUCCCCGUGCCUCGCGAGAUCUUCCCAGUCCGCCGAACCGACAAGCCCAAGAAAGAAUACAUCGAUGCCGCAACACCCACCCCCAAGACAGAACGCACUGUCAGCCCGACAAGUAGCGACCCGGAAAAGCAGGAAUGGAAGUUCCAUAUGGCAGAAUUGCGGCGACAGAACUUGCGAGAAGGUCUCACGAGCUUGUAUCAGCGCAAACAAAAGGCGGAUUCCAAGAUGAUCUCCCGCAGUCUUGAGAACCAGAGACGGCGAGACCAGAUCCUUCAACAACCCAUUCGUGAGGAUGAACGUCUCACUCGGCCAUCAGUGAUUCAAGAAAUGCAGCCUCGGAAGCAAGGCAUCAUUCCUGACCCCAACCGGGAGGAGCGCCUCGCGCUCUCCAAGGCUCGCUUGGAGGCCAAGCAGGCACAGAAGGAGGCAGAGCGCCAGGAGCACCUACACUCCUUGUACAUGAAUGCUCGCACUUUUAUCACGACGGAGGAGCAGCUUGCUGCAGAAAUCGACCGGGUAUUCCCCGAGGGCGAGAACGUGGCAUGGCGCAACGACCAUCAGCCCGGUGAAAACAUCUGGAACCUGGGUAACCCUCCAACUGUGAACAGUCUUGCCGGAAAGGCUCGCAAGAGCAGCGAGGCCAUGCGCUGGGAUAUCGUCCAGGAACGGGUUAAGAAGCUCGGAGAGGAGAUCACCGGUGGUAAGAUUUGA